AUGCACUGGGACCCAAAAGACUGGGCAUAUCGAGCAGAGGGCGGAAAACACCUCGUUGUCUUCAACCAAUCCCUUCGUAAAGUCCUUCGUUUUAUCAAAGCGCCUAUUGGCCUGGAACGGACGCUAGAAGAGGACAAGCGAGAGAUUGAACGAAGACUACGCUUUGAAAAAUUAGUUGUCAGCCCUCUGCUUGCAGAAUUCGGACUUCAGGCGGAUUCUGGAAGCUUGGUAUGUCUCCCCGCAGAUUUCUGUAAUCGCUUAUCAAAAAGAAUUUCCAAUGAUCGCCCACCCGCUCGGAAAGAUAAGGUGAUCCCUCCAGGAGCGAGAUUCGCUGUACUACAAGAUGAUUUCUGUCAAAAUAUUCCUUUUGUUUCCAAUAUCGCCAUAGAGCUCAAGCCCAAGUGUUCUUUUGUUCAACCAAAUCGCCGAUCCUGCCAGUUCUGCCUCAUGCAACUCGAAAAGAUCCGCCGCGGCAAAUAUGAUUCCCGAUCAGCCUACUGCCCCGUCGACCUUUUUUCUUCUGAUCUUAAUCGCAAACGUUUCGCCUUCGCUCAUCUCCUCGAAAACCCUCAAAACAAUCUGCGAUUUUUCUGUGACGGAGAGCUGAUUUACUCGAUGGAAACUUUGGAACACGUUGGCGCAUCUUGCGCAAAACGUUUCCCCCAAUUAAUCGAGAAAUUAUGCGGCUUUCCAGAUGCCCUCGACAAGGUUAUUUUCGAUCUGUGCAAUGUGCUCGGCGCCAGUGAAAACGACGAGCAUUGUUUCUCGUCAACAUUCAAAAAUGAAAAUUUCAAAAAUUCCGAAAGUUCUCUUUCAUGUUAUCAGAACGGCCCAUUACGCGCUCUAGCUGCACUUCAAAGGACAAGCUCACACAGUGCCAAUGAAGUUCUCGAAAGUUUCAAAAGACUAAGCCCAAAGCAAGUGGAAGAUUUGGAAAACCCUUCACACAAUUGGCUAGCCUCGGCAAAGAAGCAAACUGACUUAUCGGAUGUUGACAUUGUUCGACGACAUCUGAUCUCCAAAACUAUCAAAGAUUGUAGUCUUAUGAUCGUAUUUAUUCCCAAGAAAGAUGGUGACAUUCACUUCAAAAUGGAAAUCGUUGAUCUUGAUCUGAAGCCAACGAGCAAACUUUUCGAGCACAAGACCAAGGAAGACGCUUUGUUAAAAAUCCGCGAAAACCCUGCUACCACAAACCUCUGA